CCUCUCUUUUGUUUUUCUUUUCCUCCUAUUCCUACCCAAGAACUGAUCUUGUUUGCUCAUCCGAGUUUUUUAUCCUCCCAUGUCUUUGAGGUUGCUAAAACCGAGCGACUACUCCUCCAUGCUCUGCCAAGAAGAGCCUCCACCACCUUCAAAACGCUAUGUACGAAGGUGGCGAAUGGCGCUUACUGCCAUAACCGUCACUAGGUUUCUCGUUGCCUUGACCACGAAGGUUGUUGAGAAAAAUGCUGAGCUCCUGCAAUCCCUUUCUUUUGUUACCAUCGACAUUGAAGGAAGUGGUGAUGAACCUGCCCCUACUCUCCACAUCGAUCCUCAGGAUCUUGCCAAGGUGGUUAAAGAAAAGAGCUUGAAAAGUUUGAGUGAUCGGUACGGGGGAGUUAAGCGGGUUGCUAGGCUCCUUCAAAGUGAUUUGAAAAAUGGAAUUCCCGGUGAUGAUGUUGACCUUGUGUUUCGAACUAAAGUUUUUGGUGCAAAUAAGUACCAGAAACAACCUGCGAAAAGUUUCCUUAGCUUUGUUCUGGAAGCAUUCAAAGAUACCAUCAUCAUCAUACUACUGGUCUGUGCUGUCCUCUCUUUAGCCUUUGGAAUCAAACAGCAUGGCCUGAAAGAGGGGUGGUAUGAUGGUGGAAGCAUCAUUGUAGCUAUCUUUCUGGUUGUUGUUGUGUCUGCUGUGAGUAAUUAUAGGCAAAGUAAACAGUUUGAAGAGAUUUCUAAUGAAAGCAGCGACAUACACGUGCAAGUGGUGAGAGGGGGAAGACACCAAACUGUAUCAAUAUUUGAACUUGUGGUGGGCGAUAUCGUGUCUUUGAAGAUUGGUGAUCAGAUUCCAGCUGAUGGUUUGUUUGUUGAGGGCCAUUCCUUGAAGGUUGAUGAGUCCAGUAUGACUGGAGAAAGUAACCAUGUAGAAGUUGAUGAAAAGAACAAUCCCUUUUUGCUUUCCGGUACAAAGGUCACAGAUGGCUUCGGUUACAUGCUAGUCACUUCUGUUGGCAUGAACACAGCAUGGGGUGAGAUGAUGAGUUCUAUAAGGCGUGAAUUGAAUGAGGAGACCCCGUUACAAGCCCGCCUUAGCAAGCUUACUUCUUAUAUUGGGAAGAUUGGAUUGUCGGUAGCAGUACUUGUUCUUUUGGUUUUGCUUAUCCGCUACUUUACAGGACACACCAAAGACAAGAAUGGAAAAAGUGAAUAUAAUGGGAGCAAGGCCAAGUUUGAUGAUGUGAUGAACUCAGUCGUUGGUAUAAUUGCAGCAGCAGUCACGAUUGUAGUUGUGGCAAUUCCAGAGGGUUUGCCUCUAGCUGUCACUCUAACUUUGGCUUAUUCAAUGAAGAGGAUGAUGAGGGAUCAUGCCAUGGUUCGGAAACUCUCUGCUUGUGAAACCAUGGGCUCAGCCACCAUAAUCUGCACUGAUAAAACUGGCACCCUUACAUUAAACGAGAUGAAGGUUAUAGAAUUUUGGCUUGGAAAAGAACCUAUUGAUAAUUCUAUGAGAUCAGAAAUAGCAGCUAACAUCCUCCAAUUACUAAGUGAAGGGGUUGGUUUAAACACUACUGGUACUGUUUAUAAACAUAAUUCCACAUCAAUUCCUGAAAUUUCUGGUAGUCCAACUGAGAAAGCGAUACUUUCCUGGGCUGUGAUUGAUUUGGGCUUGAGUAUUGAUGAACCAAAACAAAGUUGUGAAAUAAUCCACGUCGAGGCCUUCAAUUCAGAGAAAAAGCGAAGCGGAGUUCUGAUAAGGAGAAGCAAUGAGAGAGUUUUAGCAACUCACUGGAAGGGAGCUGCUGAAAUGAUACUAGCAAUGUGUUCAUUUUAUUAUGAAAAAAAAGGGAUAUCAAAGGCCAUGAAUAACGAUGAAAGAGCACAUAUUGGAACAAUUAUUGAGAGUAUGGCAGCUAAAAGCCUGAGAUGUAUUGCCUUUGCACAUGCAAAUGUAACAGAUGGAAACGAACAGAUUCAUACAAAGCUUGAAGAAACAGGACUGACCUGGUUGGGCCUCGUUGGCCUGAAAGAUCCAUGUCGGCCAGGCAUCAAAGAAGCAGUAGAAUCGUGCAAAAAGGCAGGCGUAAGCAUCAAAAUGAUCACUGGAGACAACAUGCAUACAGCAAGGGCCAUUGCUUUUGAAUGUGGAAUUCUUGAUUCUGAUAACAAUUUGCACAAUGAAGCUGUGGUGGAAGGUGUACAAUUCAGAAAUUACUCACUUGAAGAAAGAAUGCAAAAGAUUGAAAUUAUCCAAGUAAUGGCAAGAUCAUCACCUUUUGACAAACUCCUAAUGGUACAAAGCUUGAAGCAGAAGGGCCAUGUAGUAGCAGUCACUGGAGAUGGUACAAAUGAUGCUCCUGCUUUAAAAGAAGCAGAUAUUGGGCUUUCCAUGGGCAUUCAAGGAACUGAAGUGGCAAAGGAGAGCUCAGAUAUUGUCAUUUUGGAUGAUAACUUCACCUCUGUAGCAACAGUUUUGAGGUGGGGUCGAUGUGUCUACAACAACAUCCAAAAGUUUAUUCAAUUUCAGCUCACAGUUAACAUUACUGCCUUGGUCAUCAACUUUAUUGCUGCUGUAUCUUCUGGAGAAGUCCCACUAACUACAGCCCAGCUAUUGUGGGUGAACCUCAUAAUGGACACUUUGGGGGCACUAGCCUUGGCCACUGAGCAACCUACCAACGAUCUCAUGGACAAACCACCAGUGGGUAGAACUGAGCCACUUAUAACCAAAGUUAUGUGGAGGAACCUCAUUGCUCAAGCCCUCUAUCAGGUAGCUAUCCUACUGAUCUUUCAAUUUAAAGGUAAAUCCAUUUUCAGUGUGACUGAGAAGGUUAAAGACACCCUGAUAUUCAAUACAUUUGUUCUCUGUCAAAUUUUUAAUGAGUUUAAUGCAAGAAAUCUGGAUAAGAAGAACAUAUUCAAGGGGAUACAUAAGAACAAGUUGUUUUUGGCAAUAAUCGGAGUUACCUUGAUUGUACAAGCAGUAAUGGUGGAAUUUCUUCAGAGGUUUGCCAAUACUGAGAGGCUGGAUUGGAAGCAAUGGGGGGCUUGCAUCGGCAUUGCUGCUCUAUCUUGGCCGAUUGGAUGGAUUGUUAAGUGUAUUCCCGUUGACAAGCAGCUUCAAAAGCAAAGGGCUUCUGCUUCAUGA